UUCACCUGUUCACUCACCCGUUAACUCGCUGCUGCACAACUGUCUGGAGCAAGUGUUUUGUCCAGGAACCAGAGGAGCCAGGGGUUGAACAACAAAUUAAAGCAUUGGAAAAAAUUUAGAAGGAUAUGAAAGGAGGAAAGGAACCAAAAUAAACUGAUAAAUAUGACAAAUAGUGAUUAAAAAUGACUAAAGGUUUAAGGAAAAACUGUUAAUUAAGUCAAGAAAGUUCUGUAUAAAUUCAAAAGUCUGUGGAGAUCAUUUGGAUCAAAGUACCAUCAUCUUAUUGAUAUAUUCAGGUACUUCUGUCCAGGACUUCACCAUGUCAUCCCACAGUGCUGCUGAGUGGCAGAAAAACAUCAGUCACAUCUGGAGACCAGGAGGAAACUUUAGCGAUUCUCCAGGAAACAGGACGUUGACUGUUCCAGGUGAAGACAUGGACGUGUUGGGAGGACACGCCAUGUGGCAGAUCAUCAUAAUCGUCUUCCUCACUGGGUCCCUGUCCCUUGUCACCGUCGUUGGAAACAUCCUCGUGUUGGUGUCGUUCAAGGUCAACAAGGCUCUGAAGACGGUGAACAACUACUACCUCCUGAGCUUGGCAUUCGCUGACCUGACCAUCGGAACUCUGUCCAUGAACCUUUACACCACCUACAUCAUCCUGGACCAGUGGACUCUGGGGCCGGUGGUCUGUGAUCUGUGGCUCACAGUCGACUACGUGGCGAGUAAUGCCUCCGUCAUGAACCUGCUCGUCAUCAGCUUUGACAGGUAUUUCUCUGUGACCAGACCUUUGACCUACCGGGCCAAACGUACCACCAAGCGGGCCAUGAUCAUGAUUGGAUUAGCCUGGUCCAGCUCAUUCAUCCUGUGGGCCCCAGCUAUCCUGUUCUGGCAGUACAUAGUAGGUGAGCGGACAGUGCAACCUAACGAGUGCUACAUCCAGUUCUUGUCUGAGCCCAUCAUUACAUUCUGCACCGCGAUCGCUGCUUUCUACUUGCCAGUAACUAUCAUGGCAAUCCUGUUCUGGAAGAUCUAUCAAGAGACAGAGAAGCGAGCUAAAGAUGUGCAAGGUCUCAAAGGAUCUGGGUCAGGAAACAGCCCAAGCCGGGCUAAGAAUCAGGAGACAGGAGAAGCUUCGUCCAAGAAGUCAUUGGCCAUACUGCGCCAGAUGAGCUUGCAAAGUUCCAGCAGCUACGAGUCAACGACUUCAGAGAACAAGAACAAGGACAACCACUGCAACACGACUGGAUUCAAAGGGAAGUGUGGAACGCUUUGCUUUCAGUUUUCAUCGCUGCUGCCAGGUCACCGUGCAUCCGCGAGGUCGGACAACACCAACACAACUACGGUGAGCGAGACUGAGUGUAACGGCUGCGCUAGUUUUAAUGACAAUGAGUGUGUUUGUCAAGAAAGCCAGAAGAAAUCAGGGAAGGUGAAGGGGAACCAGGAUGAACAGACAUCGUCUUCCAUCAGAAGUCAAAAUAAAUCACAACCAAACGCUGCCUCCGCAUCACCAUCUUCUGACCAAUCCCCUGCUCCGAUCACCAUGAAAGACGCCGCCAUUGCCAAACGCUUUGCCUUGAAGGCUCGGACAGAAAUCAAUAAACGCAAGAACGAAAGAAAGGCAAACGAGAAGAAAGCGGCGCGGACGCUGAGCGCUAUUCUGUUUGCCUUUAUCACGACAUGGCUGCCGUAUAACAUCAUGGUGUUGGUCAACACGUUCUGUCAGGACUGCAUCCCUGAGACCCUGUGGGCGCUGGGCUACUGGCUGUGCUACGUGAACAGCACCGUCAACCCCAUGUGCUACGCCCUCUGUAACAAGACCUUCCGAACAACCUUCCGAGAUAUCCUGCUGUGCCAUUGGAAUCAAAGGAAGAACAAGCCCAACUUUCAAGAGAAGAAGGCUGUGGCUUUCCGGAAGAAGGAGCUAAAGAAGGAGCUAAUGUAGAGGACAUCUCGUAGGAGACAAGAAAUGUUGGACGGAACUGUGUUCUCAGAAACUUCUGUUGGCUUCAUUGUAUGUACAUGAUACUGUAUCUGGAGUGGCUGCAAGUUAAAUUUGAGUCUGUCAAAUUUGUCGUGGAUACUCAAGGUCCCCAAAAGAUGAUCCCUGAUAAGUUUGGUCUCACCUUGUAACACUAACCUCCAGUUAUUGUACGACUCAAAAACAGAUCUCUUGAUCAACAAAUUUGAAGUUCUGAACAUCCUGUACCAAACAGAAUGUCAGAAUUGAGCGUACAGUUACACCUUGAGAAGAUUU